AUGAUUAUCGAUUACUGAACAGUGAGACUAGCAACGACCCAGUUACUAGCGGGAGCUGCUCCUCUCUUCUCUAACUCGGAAAGUAAUAUGAGAAGCAUCUGAAACCCUAAACUUUUUAUAUCUGAUCAAUUAUCUCUCUCCCUCGCUACUUAUUAUUAAUAAUGAUGGCAUCUCUGCUUCACUUCUCCACAGCAUCCACUUCUUCACUCCCUUCUUUUCUUCGCUCAAGUUUCUUCUCCAAAGAGCCUCGCUUCCCUCUCCGACAAGGCGUCAGGUGUAAUCUGGUGGAGCCGCUCAAGUUUGACAACGGCAAGCCUUGCAUCCCGCUCCUUAGUCCUAGCGAACAAUCAUUCCCAAGUUUUUUAGCUUCUACAGCCCACUUGGAUAACAGUAUUACUAACAGACAUGACACCAGGCUCCGCAUUUUCUCCGGCACUGCCAAUCCUGCACUCUCUCAGGAAAUCGCAUGCUACAUGGGUUUGGAGCUUGGAAAGAUUAAAAUAAAGCGUUUUGCUGAUGGUGAGAUUUAUGUCCAAUUGCAAGAAAGUGUCAGAGGAUGUGAUGUUUUCCUUGUGCAACCGACAUGUCCUCCUGCAAAUGAGAAUCUUAUGGAGCUUUUGAUAAUGAUUGAUGCUUGUCGGAGAGCUUCCGCCAAAAAUAUUACUGCAGUGAUUCCAUAUUUUGGGUAUGCCAGAGCUGAUAGGAAGACUCAAGGGCGUGAAUCCAUUGCUGCCAAACUUGUAGCAAAUUUGAUUACAGAAGCAGGUGCAAACCGUGUUCUUGCUUGUGAUCUUCAUUCUGGGCAGUCAAUGGGGUAUUUUGAUAUUCCCGUGGAUCAUGUCUAUGGUCAGCCUGUGAUACUUGAUUACCUUGCAAGCAAGACUAUUUGUUCUGAUGACUUGGUGGUGGUCUCCCCUGAUGUUGGUGGCGUAGCGAGAGCACGUUCUUUUGCCAAGAAAUUAUCAGAUGCACCUCUAGCCAUUGUGGAUAAAAGGCGUCAUGGGCACAAUGUUGCGGAGGUGAUGAAUUUGAUAGGGGAUGUGAAGGGAAAGGUUGCAGUCAUGGUGGAUGACAUGAUUGACACAGCUGGGACUAUUACUAAAGGUGCAGCUUUAUUGCAUCAAGAGGGAGCAAGAGAGGUCUAUGCAUGCAGUACACAUGCUGUUUUCAGUCCUCCUGCUAUAGAGAGAUUAUCAAGUGGUCUUUUUCAAGAGGUGAUCAUAACCAACACAAUACCAGUGUUGGAGCAGAACUAUUUUCCUCAGCUCACCAUCUUGUCAGUAGCAAACCUCCUGGGCGAGACCGUAUGGCGUGUUCAUGAUGACUGCUCUAAAAGCCUCAAAGUUAAUACAUUUGUCAAUCAUGGCUGGGUGCCUUUGAACCCUAUUCCAGCUUGGGCAUUGACUGAUCAAUUCACAAGCAGUGGUUUGUCUCCCAGCUUCCACUGUUGCCAUUUUUAUCUGUCCUUCAAAAGUGUAAUCAAUUUAUAACAAAAUAGAAAAUUUCUGUUUAGAGAAACCAUGUCUUUAGUCAUUGGUAUGCAGAACUUGAUGCAACAAGUGUGUUGGGCUACAGUGUUUUUUCUUUUAUUCCCCCUAAUGUGUUGAUGAUAAAACUCUGUUGAAGUUAUCCUCAUAAAUGAUAUAAGCUGCGUAUUUCCAUGUGAAA